CACACCCUGGGAGAAAUCUUAUUCUAGGCAUUUUCUUCUUAUCAACCCAACGAGACAGAGCAGGAACUUUUAUAUUUCUACUGAUUCUGUCACCUAAGAGUAAAUUACAUCAGUUAAUCCUGUGCCUGGCACAUAGAUAUAAUAUUUCAUCAUCUGGAACAGUGAACCGAACUUUUCCAUCGCUGCAGAUCUAAACCUCUCCACCAGUGAUUUUUUGGAACGCGUGACUACGCAGGGCUGCACACCAUGGCGCACAUAUGCAGGCAGAUGACGGGCAGCACGGCCAGCUGUGCCGGCUGGAUCGGGAUCAUCGUGGCCACGGCCACCAACGACUGGGUCCGGACCUGCGAGCACUCGAUGGCCACCUGCCUCCGCAUGGACGAGCUGGGCUCCCGGGGGCUCUGGGCGGAGUGCGUCAUCUCCCCGACGCUUUACCACUGCGUGACCCUCAACCAGAUCCUCAACCUGCCCGCCCACAUCCAGACGGCCCGGGCUCUGAUGAUCCUGGCCUGUCUGAUGGGGCUCCCUGGGAUGAUGCUCCUACUCACCUCCAUGCCCUGCGUCCGGCUGCCCAACGACAGCUCGGCCAUCAAGAAGCUCCGAGCCCGAGCGGGAAGCGUCCUGUUCAUCCUCAUGGCUGUGUGCGGCGCCAUCUCCACCGUCUGGUUCCCCAUCGGCGCUCACCACAACGAGGGUCUGAUGUCGUUCGGCUUCUCGCUCUACGCCGGCUGGGUCGGCUCCGGGCUCUGUCUGCUGGGCGGCACCAUGAUGCUGUGCUUCCACAGCACCGUCCCCUGGUCCCCGAGCAGGGACAACAGCUUCUACUACUCCAGGCAGAGGGGCACGGCCACAGCAGUGGACCCCCCCGCCAACCACGGCAAGAGCGAGCGGGUGUGAAGAAGCAUCAUCAUCAUCAGUGUCGUUCGCGAUGUCUGAGCUGAUUCCCUCAACACCUUUACUGUUCCUUUUACUAGUAAAACCUUUAUUUCAUUUUCUGUUUUAAAUCGGUUGACGACAUAUCGAUAAACGUCUGUUAUUGUAAUAUGAGACUCUGUUAUUUUAAUGUUUCUUAUGCUUUAAACAUAGUAUAAUCUAAGCUGAGUUGAUUUUCUUUAAAUCGUACAUGUAUCCAUGAAUCAGUAUCAGUGUAUAAGCUCCGUGCUACAGAAAUAAAACAUCUAAUUGUUUUUGCUGA